AUGAAUACUAGUAGUGAACUUUCAAAAUUUAGAGUAUCACAAGCUUGUGAUAGAUGCAGACUGAAAAAAAUUAAAUGUGACGGUCAAAAACCACGAUGUUCAAAUUGUAAAAAAAUCAAUUUCAAUUGUGCAAUUUCAACAAAAUUAUCAAGAAGAGGUUUACCAAAGGGCUACACACAAGCUUUAGAAAAUGAAGUUAUUAGAUUACAAGAUUUACUGAAACAACAACAACAACAACAACAAAACGAUAACCAACAACCUAUACAAUCUCCAAAUACAUUUCCCUUCAUUAAUGACACUUUCUAUAUUCACAACAAUUAUUCUUACCAAAAUUGUUAUUUAGGAAAUUUAUCCUACAAUCACAUAUUUGACCAGCAUUCAAAUAAAUUUGAAUCAAAUAACAAUGCUGACAAUAAUAAAAACAGCAACACUGCUAAUGAUUGGCUUGUUGACUUACAAUUAAAUGCAAUGAUUAAUAAUUUGAAUUUAAAUUGGCAGUUUUUUUUACCACAAAUUUUAAUUUCGACUUUUAAAAAUGAUAUCACAAAUUUAAAGAUUAAAAUAAAAUUUGCCAUUGAAAAAUUUCUACAAGAAUCAAAUUCGUUAGUACCAAUAUUAUAUCCACAAUCUCAUUGGGAAUCAAAAUUGUUUCAAUUGAUUGAUAAUAUAGAAUUUAAUAAAGAUCCUUUAAUCCUAUUGUCCUUGUUAUAUAUUAUUCAGAUCAAUUGGAAUUGUUUAAAUAAUGUCAAAUUAUUUAAAUUGACAAAAUUAAUCAUAUUCACCAACGAUUCAAAUUUAAAUUCUUUACAAGUCUUAUUAUUAUCAUGUCAUUACUUCAUGGGCUCACCAAAUUCAUAUGAAUCACAUUCAUGGUCUACUGAAUUAUUAAAUUAUGCAUACUCAAAUAUUUUAUCGAUGGGUUUAUAUAUCAAUCCAAAACAAUUGAUUAAAUUAUCAGAAAGAAAUUUUAUUCAGGAUGAUUCAAGAAAUAUAGUAACUUUUUGGUCUUUCCAAUUUUUAAGUUCUUGGUAUUCCUUAUUAAAUGGGUUACCAAAAUUUAAUUUUUUAAUUAACGAAUUUCAACCAAAAGAAAUUAAAAAUCUAAAAUUGACAAAUUUAAAUUGUUUCCAAAUUCUAAUCCAAUUGAUGGUUAAAAAUUUAGAUGGUAUAGAUUUUUUGAAUUUUAAUCAAAAUAAAAAUACGACAAAUAAAUCUAAAAUAAUUUUCCUCCUAGAAAAUUUUAGGAAAAAAUUAAUGAAUUUAAAACUGUAUCAUAAUUUAAAUGAUCAUCAAUUAAACGAAUUGAUAAUAUUGGAAAAAAAUGAUUUCAUUGAAAUUCAAUUAACUUUAUACUAUUUGAUAUUAACACUCUUAGUGCUAACUUCAACUAAAGUUACUGACACUUUAGAUGAAAUUUCUUACGAAAUUUUGUCACUUUAUUAUUUAAUUUUAAUGAAUCAAAAAAAUUCAAACUUAAUUGAUCAACAACCUUUACAAUUCAAUUGUUCACAUUUCUUACCAAUAGAUAACGUACAAAUUAUUGAUAUUUGUCUCAAUAAUUUAAUUAAUUGGAUCCAUAGCAAUACAAAUUCACAGGAUUUUUGGAAAUUUAAAAAAUUUAAGAAAUUCUUGAAAAAUUGGUGUGAAAUUUGGUAUCAAAACAAUUAUCAAGAUCCAAAAUUACUAAAGAUUUUAAAAUCAUUUAAAAUAAAAUUAACCAACACUAAAAAUAUUCAAUCGUUAAAUCCUUCCAUUUAUUUGGAAAAAAUCAAUAAUUUUUAUAAUUUUAAAAAGGACAAUAAUACUUUACUUAGAACUGAUUCAAAUGCAAUUAUGGAUCAAUUUAAUAUCUUCGCACAAACACCAAUUAAUGAAAAUUUAUCUCUAAAUUCAUUGAGGUUUUUAUCACCAAUAUUAGCAAAUACAAAUGGUACUACCACCAAUAACAAUCCCACUCAAGAUAAUGAAACUGAAGAUGACGGUUAUAUAGAAGAUAAUGAUGACGAUGAUCCUUUGGAAAUACCUUUCAAGAAGAGAAAAGUAUCAUUAUUCCAAAACAAGAACUAUCAACCUACCAACAAAAAUUUCGUUGAUCUAUUAUUAUUACCAAGCAGUUAUAGUCAUACAAAUGACAUCAAUACCGGUAGAGACAAUACAACUUCCACUACUACUCAAUGA